AUUGAACCUAAAUAUUUUCUGAGAGUAGUGACGGCAAGCGGUCAGGAAUUGUAAAUUUACAAAAAUAGAAAACUUAAUAUUUAGAGUAUAUUGAAUUACUCCGAAUCAGUAAGACCAAUAUGAAGAAAACAUGUACAGCUUGCCAAAUUGAGUGUCCAGAUGAUGCUGCAUAUCAAGGGCACAUUUCAGGCAAAAGACAUGCAAAAAUGGUUGAACAAAUAGAACAACAACGAUCAAUGAUCCAAAAAUCAAUAUUUAUUGCUGGUCUUCCACCUUACCUGUCCAAAGAUCAAUACAGAGACUCAUUUCUUUCGUUUUUUGCUCAAUAUGGGCACAUUAAGUACUACAAGUUUGGUCCAAGACAUUGUAUUAUUGAAUUUGCCACUAGAGAACCAGCCGAAUACUUUCUUUCAAGGCCUACAUACUUUGACAAUAUAAAGUUAAACAUUGUUCAAAGAGUAGUAAAACCAAAUGAUUUAUUGGCCAAGCCAAAAAAAGGAGAGAAAAAAACAGAGCGCAUCAAUGACACGGACGAGUUGGAUUACAAAAAUAUCAAACCUAUUUUCGAAGAGGAUACUUCUUUUGAGGAGCAGCUUAAAAAGUUCUUGGAGGCCGUUUCCAUUGACUCAAAAGAAAUUCAAACGCGUUAUAAAUCAACGUGUCAAAACCUGCAGGAAACUUUUGAGAUUUUUUUCCCUCGCUGUACAACGUCAAGGUUCGGUUCGACUGUGUCCGGCUUGGGUUUCAAAAACUGCGACUUAGAUAUCUACAUGGACCCUGGUAUCCCUUUCACAAACGACCUGGAUCCCCCACCGGGAGUCAAAUCAUCAGCUUCUGUAUUUGCAGAGAUUAAGCGCAUACUCUACGCAAAACCAAAAUUAUUUUCAAAAAUCGUACCUAUCCCCAAAGCGAAAACACCGAUCAUCAAGUUCACUUUUGUACCGACAAGCAUUUCGUGCGAUUUGUCCAUCAAGAAUAGUCUAGCCGUGCACAACAGUAAACUGAUUAAGCACCUACUAUCGAUGGACGAACGAUUACCAGCUGCUAUGAUGAUCCUGAAAUAUUGGCCGGCGGUAAAUUUCAUGCCUACUGUUUUCGAUUUAAAAAAAUCGAUCCCGGCUAAAAUUGUGGAAGGAUGGCAGGUCAAUUUCAACAGCAGUGUACGGCUGAAGAAUACUUCAGACACGAACAUUGCGCAACUACUCGGCGGAUUUUUCGAUUUCUAUGCCAACUACAACUUUAAGCUGAACGUCGUUUGUCCCGUGGACGGUAUUUCGCAUAAAAAAAUAAUCCUCAACUCUGUGGAAACGUUGCCGGAUAGUAUGCGCUUGUACAAAGAGUACUUGAAGAUACGAGAAAGUGCCUUUACUUUCCCUCUGACGAAGCCCAUGUGCGUACAAGAUCCAAACGAAUUGAACCACAACGUCACAGAAAGCAUCAGUGAAAAGUACCUCGAGAUCUUUCAAAAUUACUGUAAAUUGGCUGCAGCUGCGUGCCAGGCCGAAGCUACCAACAAUUACAAAAAGUUUCUACUAUCCCUUUUUAAUUUGAACGUCACCGUGCCGAAAACACCUAAAGAGUCGCAAGUGAUUUCAUUUGUUUAUUAUUGCAACAAUACCAUGGAAGUUGGUCUUCCGGAUGAUUUCAAUACUCGCACAGAUAUCAAAGACAAAGAUGUAUUUGUAAAAGAACAUUGGUGUGAUUUAGUCAUAAGUUUAGUACAAAAAUUCCUCGAAAGGGUUCUCAAACUUCAAGUCCAGUAUAUUGAUAAGCAAGAGCUUAAGCAGCCGAAAGUCGAAUCAGAGUCCGAUGUGCACACAAAUGAUCAGAGUAAAGUGAUUUUGCGCUGUACUGGAGAUUCUUGUCUGUGGAGGGAUCGAAAGGGUGGUACAGUAAGCAUCGAUCCAUCUCUGUCUCUACUCGAAAAGGAAACAUUGAUAACUCAAAAAAUUUAUGAUCAGUUGAAAUCCAAAAACAGAUUGCAUAAUGAAAAAAUUGACGUGGAUUGUAACAUUCUAAAGAAAAACGUAAAGAAACCAUACCUUUUAUUUAAAUUAUCGAAUCGUGAUUCUAGCAAGGUAGCUUUCAGUGAGGCCACAUCAUAUAUUAAAAGUAAAUUACCUGUAAUAUUAGAUAAAACUUCAUGUAAAAAAUACUCAAAAGUUAUUUUCAAACAUUUUCAAAACGUUCUCGCGCUCAAGUAUCGAGUAUCAAGCGUCGUUACAAUUUUUGCUUUAUCAAAGUGA